AAAAUCGUAGUCGUUAUCGUUCUCGUUCUCGAAAGUAAAUCGAGCGUGAGGUUUUGUUGCGCGUGUGAACCUUUAGCUGAACAAACGGAUAGACGGGCUGUUAGUUUUAUUUACUAAAUUACAAAAUGCCGAUGUAUGCUGUCUAGUGAUAUUAAAUGUGCGUUAAAAAUGUCGAAUCCUGGAGGUAGCAGGCGAAACGGGGCUACAAAAAUACGUUUGACCAUUUUAUGUGCCCGCAACUUGGCCAGAAAAGAUUUAUUCCGCCUUCCUGAUCCAUUUGCCAAGGUUACUGUUGAUGGCUCUGGUCAAUGUCACAGUACGGACACCUGCAAAGCUACUCUAGACCCUAAAUGGAAUCAGCAUUAUGAUCUAUACAUCGGGAAGAAUGACGGAAUCACCAUUUCCGUUUGGAAUCAUCGUAAGAUUCAUAAAAAACAGGGCGGAGGAUUUUUGGGGUGCGUUAGAAUCUUAUCAAAUACCAUUCAGAGGCUCAAGGAUACUGGCUAUCAGCGGUUGGAUCUCUGCAGAGCACACACUGAUGACACAGACGUAAUUAAAGGUCAGAUAGUGGUAUCUUUAUUGUCUCGAGACGGACAUAAUGGAGCUGUGAGUAAUACUGUGGGCCACAACGCAGUCGUCGAUGUCCUCGGUGAUUUGAGUUGUCCAAAUGAUUUGCCUGACGGAUGGGAAGAGAGGAGAACAGAAAGCGGCAGGCUUUACUAUGUUAAUCACUACACAAGAACCACUCAAUGGAUCCGUCCUAACUCGAGACCUAAUGCAAUAAUACCGACGACACCGGAACCUCCGGCUCUGCCAAAUUCUGAGCCGACGUCACCCAGCAGCAGUGGGUCGCCUUCUAAUGUCCAGUCUGACAGUCCUCCGCACAACAGGACACAGGAGUCCUGGAACGAUGGCACUCCCAGCAGAACCCCGAGUCGCGACAGCUCGACGCAAAACACUCCGCGAAAUACUCCGACUCAGAAUCAGAGUCAGAAUCAGAGCCAGAUUCAGAAUCAAAAUCAGCAGCAGAACGCACGGAAUGCGACUCCACCUUCCGCUGGACGGGACAGAAGAGCCUCCAGGAACAGUGACGAACAAAAUGCUAAUGCCAAUUUAAAUAGUAGGUCUGAUAGAAGUCAGAAUCAGAGCCAACCUAGACGGCCGAGUCGCCCGAAUAGAAAUCGCAAUGGGGUUCUGCCGAACGGUGAAAGGAGAAAUGAUAAUCAACCUCCAGAUCUUCCUCGUGGUUAUGAAAUGAGACAAACGCAGCAGGGACAAGUUUAUUUCUACCAUGUGCCAAGUGGCGCGUCAACGUGGCACGAUCCGCGGAUUCCACGGGAUUUGCCGGCUAACGAGCUGGCAACAGAACUAGGUCCAUUACCAAGCGGAUGGGAAAUGCGGCAAACUCCCAGUGGUCGUGUUUACUUUGUCGAUCACAAUAACAGGACGACGCAGUUCACAGACCCGAGAUUGUCUACUCAGAUCAUCAACAGUUUGCUGAAGAAGCACAACAGCAAUGGGGGAACGAUGACAAACAAUCCGCCAGGAAAUACCAGCAAUAUCGUAGUCCCGCCUAGAAUAAAUGACGUCGGCACUGAGUCAACUACGGGCACCACCACCACAGCGACCACCACUACGACCAGCACGACGCCCUCGUCAGUUAACGUUACGGCGAACACAAAUCAGCCGAGCAAUCGUACAAUAUCUAAUUCAACAAACAAUAAUUUAUUUACGGUUGAAAGUACCACGCAAAAUAUCAUCCCGCAGACUAUUUCGGAUCUGCCGAAAGAACUGAUGGAGAGUGAAUUAUUGCCCAAGUAUAAACGUGACCUUGUUGCUAAAUUAAAAUGUCUUAGGGCUGAAUUGAAUGCUCUACAACCUCAGAGUGGCCAUUGCCGCCUUGAAGUUUCGAGAAAUGAAAUAUUUGAAGAGUCGUACAGGAUAAUUAUGAAGAUGAGGCCUAAGGAUAUGCGAAAAAGAUUGAUGGUUAAAUUCCGUGGUGAGGAAGGUCUUGACUAUGGCGGAGUCGCACGUGAAUGGCUUUACUUGCUGUCACAUGAAAUGCUAAAUCCCCAGUAUGGUCUGUUCCAGUACUCCCGAGACGACAAUUACACGCUUCAAAUAAACCCCGACUCAGGCAUAAACCCGGAACAUCUCUCGUACUUUCACUUCGCCGGGAGGAUAAUAGGCAUCGCGGUCUUUCACGGGCACCAUAUAGACGGCGGGUUCACGAUGCCCUUCUACAAGAUGCUGCUGAACAAAGGAAUCACUCUGAGCGACAUCGAAGGCGUGGACCCUGAGCUGCAUCGCAGUCUCACGUGGAUGCUGGAGAACAGCAUCGAUGGAGUCCUCGACGCGAGCUUCUCUGUCGAGCACAGCAGCUUCGGUGUAUUGAGGAACCACGAGUUGAAACCUGGGGGAAAGGAUAUAUCGGUCACUGAAGAAAACAAACGCGAGUAUGUCAGGUUGUACGUCAACUACCGGUUCAUGCGGGGAAUUGAGCAGCAGUUUUUGGCUUUACAAAAAGGAUUUCAUGAGCUGAUACCACCCCAGCUACUGAGACCUUUUGACGAACGUGAGCUGGAGUUAGUGAUAGGAGGACUCGGUAGUAUUGAUAUAAAUGAUUGGAAAAUGCACACGAGACUGAAACACUGCACGCCAGAUACACCAGUUGUAAAAUGGUUCUGGCAAAUUGUCGAGUCUUACGGCGAAGAAAUGCGCGCAAGGUUACUGCAAUUUGUUACUGGAAGUUCUCGGGUACCUUUACAAGGAUUCAAAGCUUUACAAGGAUCAACAGGUGCAGCUGGACCACGUCUAUUUACGAUUCACGCAGUUGACGCCCCUAGUGAAAAUUUACCAAAAGCUCACACGUGCUUCAAUAGAAUAGACAUACCACAGAGUUAUCCAUGCUACCAAAAAAUGCUCGACAAACUUACGCAAGCGGUUGAAGAAACAUGCGGGUUUGCUGUUGAAUAAAAUUGGUUAAUUUAAAGGCUGAUGUAUCUGGAGGAAAAAUAAAAAAAAAAAAAAAAGAAAAAAAAAUCACAACACUCAAGCUGUUAAAUGUUCGAUACUAAAUACAUAAACCUGUAUUUUCAUGGUGAUAUACGUAUAUAUUUAAUAUAAAUAUUUAUAUAUAUAU